AUGGCGACGGCCAUGGAAGCGGCCGACGCAUCACCGCCGUCGCCCCUCCAGCGGUCCGUCUCCCAGCAUAGUAGCACCUCGCUCGCAUCCCAUCGCAGCUCCCGCAGCAAUCGCAGUGCCACCGUUCGAGGUCCCCGCGGACGCAAGCGUCUCAGCCAGGCUGGCAGCUCUGCUAGCAGCAUUGCUGCUAGUGACAAGUCGCUCACGAGCUUCCCCAGCUUCUCGCCCGAGACACCAAGCAACGACCGCUUCGAGGAGCCGACCUGGGCCAAGCCGACGAGCAAACCGCCCAGCACUGACGACACGCUUGCCCCGAAGGCCGUGCCUGCCUCUGGCCGCACCUCCAUCGUUGACAACCUCACUGCAGACUCACGUGCGAGGAGCGCUUUAUUCGAAGAUGCCCCGCUGAUGCGCAAGGUCCCCGGUUCCCUCCACCAGGCCGAUGACGAACACAUUCAACGCUUGAUUUCCAGACACGGCGCCAUUGGUCUGAUUAGGCAGAUAUCGGAGGAUCUUGCUCAACGAGAUGCCCAGAUUUCCCAUAUGCGACGGCGCGCCGAUGAGCGAGAGCGUGCUCUGCGCAAGAUAAUUAGAGAAUGCGGCCUCUCCAACUUGGAUCUCGAGACGCGGCUGCGAGCCGUCGAAGCUGACCUGCGCGGCCCCGGAAAAGGUCUGCAGAAGGAGGAUAGUGGCUUGAGCGACCUCAUGAGCGAUGCGAUGCAGGAUACAGUUGUCGCUACUGCCUACGGCGAGACAGGCACCAAGAGCUCCACCAUCCGCGCCAGCAGCCAGUCGAUCAGCAGCAACACCGAGACCGGAAAAGGCACACUGAAGGGGUGGAAGGAAUAUCUCUGGGGCUCGGGGACCGCGAAACGAGCGAGUCGGACCAACAGCGUAAAUGGCGAGGGGGUCAACCCGGCAACUGUGAUACGAUCACACUCUAGCAUGGACCGACGACCAACACUUCAGGACGAUCUCUUCAGCCCACCCGAGGCGCAAUCUGUGCGGACCCCUAGUCGGGCAUCGAGCAUCCAGUCUGGCACCCCCGGCGAGCGCAAAGCAUCAUCUUCGCUGGCAAGCAUGGCCCUGCGGCUGGUAGCUGGCGGUGCCAUAAGCGGGCGUGAGGCUGAGUCUCGAGGUCGCGCUGUGAGCACUUCUACCAAUGCAGAGUCUCUCCGAGCUGCUUCUAGUGCUAGCAACCGGACUGGCCAGCCCCGAGCAGUGUCAGUCGCUGGAGGUCCCAAGGCGUUGAUGGCGAUGCGACGAUCUACUCCUGCACCAUCUGCCCAGGGGGCAAGGGGACAGGCGCAGGAUGGAUGGGAUAGUUUGCGCGGUAGUCCCCCAACUAACCUAUCUUCUCGACAAGAGAGCUAUGGACCUGUCGAGAUGGACGCCAUCCGAUCCCCAGAGUCGCAGCCCCCUACUCUAACGCAUAUCUACAACAACUUCCCAAACAGCGAAUAUCUGACAGAUCGAUUCGGCUUCAUCUAUGACCAACGGCGCAAGAAACGACAGCGUGAGGCAGCUCAAACGGCGCGGCACUUGCGCAAGGGCAGCCGCACUGAGAUGCUGCACAACGGUCGCACUGGCAUCUCUCCUAGCUCUUUCGAGGACCUCCCCAGCCCCAAGCAUAGUGUUUCAAGCGACGGACGCCCAGAGAGCCCGAACAGUUUGGAGGAGCGGAAUGCAGAGGAUGGCAAGUCGAAGAGAUGGCAGGAUUACCUCAAGAUCGCGACGUUUCCCACAGAACUACUGAGCCAUACACCAAGCAUCGCCGUGUCACUAGAGGUGAUGGAGGGAACCCAGACGCCUGAGCCACAGUCUCAGGCUAGCGAACCAACCAAGCCCGCCAUUGUUUCUACCGACUCUGGACUCAUUCCUUCGGCUAGCACGACAACGGCUGUUGACAACGAAACGCCACAGGUGUCACAACCUGAGUCGUCAGUUGCCCUCGCCAAGGACGACACCGAGCCUGUCAAGCUUCUCCUACAGCAACUCAGCGAACUGCACGAUUCACUCCAGCGCGAAAAGACGGUGCGAUGGAACGACUUUCUCCGAAAAGUGCGUGCUGAGCGUCGUCGCGACGGCGAAGCUGCAAUUGCUGCCGCCAAAUCUGCUGCCGAGGCUCGCUAUGAACAGCCGGCCAUGAUUUUGCCCGAGACGCGCGUUGCAGACGGUGAGAUGAUUGGAGUCUCAGACCUGGGCAACAAGGGCAAGGUCGGAAGAGCCAAGUGGAACGAAUUCAAGAACCUGGUGCUUGGUGGCAUUCCCGUUGCGUAUCGAGCCAAAGUGUGGUCCGAGUGCUCGGGAGCUGCGGCUCUACGUGUUCCUGGCUACUACGAAGACCUGGUGGCCCAGAGUGGCGAGGAUGACGACGCUGUGGUUGUCAGCCAGAUCAAGAUGGACAUCAACCGAACACUGACGGACAACAUCUUCUUCCGCAAGGGCCCAGGAGUCAAGAAGCUUAACGAGGUUCUUCUCGCGUAUGCCAGGCGAAACAAGGAUGUCGGUUACUGCCAAGGAAUGAACCUCAUUGCCGCCAACCUUUUGCUCAUGAUGCCGUCUGCCGAGGACGCGUUUUGGAUUCUGGCGUCCAUCAUUGAGAACAUCCUGCCACAUGGAUACUACGACCACUCGCUUCUGGCUUCGCGUGCGGACCAGCAGGUUCUGCGACAGUAUGUUGCGUCGGUGCUGCCCAAGCUCUCGGCGCAUCUCGACUCGUUGUCUAUUGAACUCGAGGCAUUGACAUUCCAGUGGUUCCUUUCCGUGUUUACUGACUGCCUGAGCGCCGAGGCUCUGUUCCGCUUGUGGGAUGUGGUUCUCUGCACUAACGACGGCAGCACAUUCCUCUUCCAGGUGGCCCUGGCACUACUCAAGCUCAACGAAGGGAAUCUUCUGCAGUGCAACACGCCUGCCGGAGUGUACACGUACAUCAGCCACCAGAUGACGGAGCAUGCUAUCAGUAUUGACGGCUUGAUCCAAGCCAGCGAAGCGUUGCGAAAGGUAGUUCGACGAGACGAUGUGGAGCAGCGAAGAGAGAAGGCGAUCCAGGCGGAGAAGGAUCUGCUAGCGGCGAGAGACGGUGAUUCGGGGCGAAGCAAGCCUACAACAGCAUCACUCGCCGAGACUGGGAGCGAGACGGCGGUAGAGACGCAGCCGAGUGAAGAACAGGCAUGA